AUGGAAUUAUUCCAGAUUUGCGUAGCGGCUGUUGCCGGAAGUUUCCACGAAACUAAUUGUUCAUUAGAUUAUUAUACCAAGGCCAGACUCCCAAAAGAAAAAUUCGGAAUUAGUGACCGACAAAGAGAAGAACUGAUAGAUUAUCUUGGCAGAGGGCCAGCGCAUAAGAAACGCACAAAGCUAUACUGUCCUAACGAUGAUCUAAUCUGUUCGAUCCUCUGGUUCACGGCGGAACGCGUGUGGAAUGGAGUAUCAAAUGACUUGCCACCAAAGAGACUGUGGUACAAUUGCGGUAAUGAGAUGAUUGCGCACCUAGCUCGUGACGAGAUGUACAGAAAAGCAAAAAAAGCAAAGAAGAGCUUGAGCGACUUUGCUGAGUUAAAAGAGUCAGCGAAGGAACUACAAGUAGAUCUAUCAGAGAAACUUGGAGAUUUGGGUAUGCGUAAGCUUACGGCAAUCAAGAAGUAA